AUGCCUUACUCAUUGAGAGGAAGAAACGUUCUCAUCACUGGAGGCUCUCGGUACGUAUCUUCUCACCCACUUCACGUCAUCUCUUUCCCCACAGCCGAUAUCGCACAUAGUCUUAAGGUCUCCAGUUCAAUCAACUAACUCGUACUGCAGAGGUCUCGGCGCCGAAGUGGCCCGUAAAUUCGCCGCAGAAGGCUGCAACAUAGCCAUCAAUUACGUCUCCAGCGAAGCACCAGCUCAAGCCCUCGCCCAAGAACUCCAAUCCACCCACAACGUCAAGACAAUCACCAUCCAAGGCGACGGAGGCAAAAUUUCAGAUAUCCAAAACUGCAUCCAACAAACCGUCAAAUCUCUUGGUGGUCUAGAUAUCAUCAUCGGCAACGCAGGCUAUACGAAGUUCUCCAACUUUGCUGAUCUCGAUGCACUUUCCUAUGAAGAUUGGGAUAAAUGUUGGCAUACGAAUGUUCUCGGGAAUCAUGUGUUGUUGAAAGAAGCUAUGCCCAUUUUUAAAGAGAAUGCGGAGGGAGGCGUUUUUAUCAUGACGGGAUCUGUGGCGGGGAAGAGUCUGAGCGGGAGUUCGAUGGCUUAUAGCGUGACGAAGGCGGCGCAGGUGCAUUUGAUGAAGUGCCUGGCGCAGACGCAGGGGCCGAAGGUGAGGGUUAAUUGUGUGCUGCCCGGGCUGCUGUUGACGGAUUGGGGAAGUCUCUAUGGGGAGGAAAGGAUUGAAAAGUUGAAGGAGCAGGCUGUUUUGAAGAAGGAGGUAAGUUAUUGGUUCGGGCGAGAAGCGGGGGAUGGCGAACUGACAUUUUGGUAGACUGAAUUGGGAGAUUGCGCACAGGCGUAUGUGGAUCUGUCGAAGAACACGAGUAUCACGGGACAGGCGUGGCAUGUUGGUGAGUGAGACUUAGUCAUGAGGAGCGAGACACGGCUGACACAUAUACACUAGACUCUGGUCUCCUUGUUGGGCAUAUGUGA